AUGAGUUCCGAAAGAGUACUUGGAGUAGUCCUCUUGACCCGCCAUGGGGAUCGCCAGGGCUUCUAUCAAUCUCCCGACAAUUAUACUCCUGUUCAAACUGCGAUAACCCCGCUCGGACUGGUCCAGGAGUACCAACUCGGCCAAUUGAUUCGGAGCUUGUAUUUCAACGCGAGCUCGCCAUCCAUCAUUUCUGGAAUCUCGACCGGAUUGUUUGAUCAGAACCAGGUUCGCAUUCGUGCGGAUGCCGGAGGAGAAGGCGGGGUUAUCUAUGAUAGUACCGUCGCGCUUUCACAAGGGCUCUGGCCGGCCGCGACCGCGUUCAAUACCACAUUGGCUAAUGGGACAACGGUUAUCGCACCACUCAAUGGGUACCAAUAUGCACCCAUCGAGACUGUUGAACCCGAGUCCGAUGUUUCCCUUGAAGGAUGGACCGAAUGCAACACCUUUGCCACCGCUACGACCGCUUUCUACAACUCGACAGAGUUCAAGGAAAUGGCCGAUGCUAGCGCUGACUUUCUGGCGAGCCUCCGACCGAUCGUCGGUCCCGACCGUCCGCUCAAAUUGACCAAUAUGAUCUACGAUUUCCUCAACGUUCAAUCGAUCCAUAACCAGAGCCUGGCCCAGCAAAUUACGCCUGACAUCCUAGCUCGAGCCCGGGUCCUCGCCAACUGGCACCAGUACCGCACGUUUAGUUCCCCUAACAUAGGUGGAAUCGGAAACAUUGCCGGGCGUACGAUCAUUCCAGAUAUCGUGUCCUCGCUGAAUGCGUUUGCCAAUGAUUCUCAGCCGCUUCGCUUCACCUAUUUGUCGAUGAGCUACAAGCCAUUCAUUUCGCUAUUCAAUAUGACAGAGGUGGCUUCCGAAUACCCAUCGCUUCAAGGGAUUGUCGAUUAUGCAUCGGCUGUUACAUUUGAACUUCGCCAACCAAGUUCGGGCGGACCUCCAAGGAACCUACAACAUGUUCGGAGAAAAUCAAGAUAUGGACCUUCAGAGUUCACAUCUCGUUUAAGCCCAUACGGAAUCAAUGACCUCAGUGACUGGUGCACAGCCUGCAGUAACUGGAAAGACCGCAAAUGCAACCUCAUUGCUGCUGCGAACUCCUCUACUGUUAUCUAUCGCAGAAUCGGAGUUUCGCCCAUCGGAGCCGGGUUUAUCGGCGCUGGCCUCCUGACCUUUGGGCGCAGGUCUAGAAAAGAACGUCCGAUGCUGCCGGUUGUGAGCAAGGACAGCGCUUCGAACUCUGGUACUGAAUCCGUGGCCGAAAAGUGA